AUGGUAAUGGAGGAAGUCUACACCGAAAUCCAACAAGCUAAAGACAAAUUUAAAAUAAUUGAAGAACCUUCUUUAUGCAAAAGAGGCGGAGCUGCGAAAGCAACAAACUACAUUCCUCCAGCAUA